GCCACGGCGCGCUCUCAUUGGCUGCGCGGAGCAUCCGUCGGCGCCGGGGCCCGCCUCUUCCCCCCGCGGACCCAGCCUCGGUUGAGUCGUCGGGUUGAGCAGGAGUGCGGUUGGAGUGCGAGAGGGUCGCGGCCGCGAUGAUCUGACAGAUGAAAUAGCUACAAAAAAGAAAAGAAAAAGGAAAGAAAGACGAGAGCAGGCGGGCGUGCUCCCUCACGAAAACCAUGUUCCCCAAAGGAAAAGGCACCCCGGUGCCGUCGGACGGCCAGGCGCGAGAGAAGUUGGCUCUAUACGUCUAUGAGUAUUUGUUACACAUAGGAGCACAGAAGUCUGCACAGACCUUCUUAUCAGAGAUACGAUGGGAGAAAAACAUAACACUCGGAGAACCCCCCGGAUUCCUCCAUUCCUGGUGGUGUGUAUUCUGGGACCUGUAUUGUGCCGCACCGGAGAGGAGGGAGACAUGUGACCACUCCAGCGAAGCAAAAGCCUUCCAUGAUUACAGUGCAGCAGCAGCCCCCAGUCCUGUGAUGGGAGGGAUGCCCCCCGGUGAGGGCAUGCCGGGAGGACCAAUGCCACCCGGCUUUUUCCAGGGUCCUCCUGGUCCCCAGGGCUCUCCUCACCCUCAGCCUCCUCCCCCUAAUAGUAUGAUGGGACCUCACAGUCAGUCCUUUAUGUCGCCUCGCUUUGCUGGAGGCCCAAGAGGUCCCCCCAUCAGGAUGGCCAACCAGCCGCCAGGCGGAGGCCCAGGCCCUCAUCCCAUGCUGACUAACAUGGACCCCACACGACCACAAGGUCAUCCUAACAUGGGGCCAAUGCAGAGAAUGAGUGGCCCUCGGGGCAUGGGACCUAUGGGGCCCGGUCCUCAGAAUUUCGGUGGUGGGAUGAGGCCUCCACACAACGCCAUGGGUCCUGGUAUGCCAGGAGUGAACAUGGGCCCAGGGACUGGCCGACCAUGGCCCAAUCCCAACAAUGCCAACUCUAUGCCUUAUUCAUCACCCUCUCCCGGCGCGUAUGGGGGGGCAUCCGGAGGAGGAGGACCCCCUGGAACUCCCAUCAUGCCCAGCCCCGCAGACUCCAACAACUCUGGUGACAAUUUGUACACCAUGAUCAACACUGGACCUGGCAACCGAAAUAAUUUCCCCAUGGGCCCCGGCUCUGACGGGCCCCUGGGAGCCAUGGCUGGGAUGGAACCACACCACAUGAACGGAUCACUAGGCUCUGGUGAUAUGGAUGGCAUGAACAAGAAUUCCCCAAACAAUUUAAGUGGCAUUAGCAAUCCUCCCGGGACCCCGAGGGAUGACGGGGAGCUGAGUGGAAACUUCCUCCACUCCUUUCAGAGCGAGAACUACUCUCCAACCAUGACGAUGAGUGUGUGACCUUCCCCCCUCUCCAGCCUAUCCAACAUUAUUUGCCAUCUUUCCAAGGAUCUGAACUCACUAUAGGACACAGCCAAACACAGCAGCACUGAAUCAGGGAAGGGCGCCACAUUGGUUCCACGCUCACGCCAGAAUACGGAUUGGAGAAAAUCUAAAUGGCUGGUGACUACUGGUCCUUGCUCAAAAAAUGAAGGACAAAUUUCUCCAUUAAUCACGACCCCAUGUGUGACAAAACCAGCUACUGAAAUGCAUACAUGACACGUUUUUAUGUUCUCUGCCGAGCCCUCGUAUCCCCCUCUUAGUCCCCUCGGCCCAGAGCGAAGAGAGGAAAAAAAUGGUUGAAGUUGACCUCUUGUACUUUUUAAUUAUUGCUUUGUGGUGCAAGAUGUGCAGGAAAAUGUCUCCGCUUUUGUCAUUUAAAACACUGGAGAGUGUGCAUAUGCAUUGUGUGCUCGGAAAGUCUUUGUCUUUGUCCUUUUACUUAUCGCCAUGCAUCCUGUGUCACAAGUCAGUUGACAUCGGACUCAGAAUUUGCCUUUACCCUGUGGCCACCUCUCUGAAUAAUGUACUAUUCUUCCCAAUGCCCACUUUUCUAUUUAAAGAAGGUUUUUGAAAGGGGGAAACGAUGUGAAAGAAUACAGCUUUUAUUGUGACGACCCUUCACAGUAUGAAAGUGCUCAGAUGGUUCUUGCAAUGUCCAAUUGAUCCCAUGUGAUCAAUUUUCAGUCUGUUACCGUUGACAGCAAUGCUUCUCUGUCCUCUCUGCGGUUUUGAUUUAAAACAGCUGGACCGCUGUCGCGUCCUGUCAGGAGGAAACCAGACCUGGGCAUGAGGAGCGAGUGCAUGAACGCUGAGAAUCUGUGUACAACAUACUACCUAGUGCUGCUCUCGUGGAAGCCCGCUUUAAGAUAUGGUGUAUAUCUCUUUACUUGCCUGUGCUUAACACUCUGUGCUCUUCAUUGUCGUAACCGUCUGUGUUAUUUCGUCUUUGGUUGAUUAUGAUGAAAUGGCUAUGAAUGAGCUACCCAUUUGAAUCUGAUACAUAUUGGUUGUUCAUACUCCCUCAGAAUCACCCCCCCUCCCCCAUUUUUUUUUAAAUAUUUUGAUACAAUCUUUGACUAUCUAUAUUGCCCCAGUUAUUCAGUUAGUCAAAGCUUUCUAAACUGAUUCUAGUAGGCAUCAUUAUAAACUUAGCAGCAGUCUUGUAAAUGUGAUGAGAAUUAUUUUUCCUUUUUUUCUUCCUGUGAACAUUAUGCAUUAUACACAUCUGUCCUAUGUUGCCUUUAUUUGCUGAUAUUUUUUUAUUUCAAAUUGAGGAAAGAUUGCUUGUUAAUAUAAUUUUACAAUAACUUA